GCUAGUUUGCAGACAACUUGCGUGUGACUGCAGCGUGGCCCACUGGCCCCUCGCUCUCAGACAACGGCUUCCCGCCGCGGGGUUAAUCAGAUGCAGCUGCUCCUCUCCCUCCGGCCGCCACCCGCCGCCGCCGCCGCACACCCCCGCGCGGCAGCAUCGUCCCGGACGCCGCAGCUUCCACCACGCCGGUCCGCCUUCCCUCCCCAAGCUUCUGCCUCCGCCUCUGCUGAUUUCCCGGGAUCGGUUCCAGACGGCGCCCAGAUGCCACCGCGCCGGCGCCGGCGGCGGAGCGUGGCUGGCAUCGACCAGGACGAGCUCCUCGACCCGGACGCCCUCGCCGACCCGGACAGCAGCUUCUACGAGAUCAACGGCGUGAGGGUCCACCACAAGGUUUGCAGCCAUGAGGAUGAGGACUCGGACUCACCCUUUGACCAAUCUUUGGAUGCCACCGCCGCGGACGACGGCCGGAAACAGAUUGGCCUUCCCAUAGUGCUGCUGCACGGCUUCGGCGCGUCGGUGUUCUCCUGGAGCCGCGUCAUGCGGCCUCUCGCCCGCAUCGCCGGCUCUAAGGUUCUUGCAUUCGACCGGCCGGCGUUCGGGCUGACGUCCCGGGCCAGUUGGUCCCGUGAUGACAGCAAACCUCUCAAUCCAUACUCCAUGUCGUUCUCAGUCAUGGCCACAUUGGCAUUCAUCGACUACCUUGGCACCGCGAAGGCCGUCCUUGUCGGGCACUCAGCUGGCUGUCUUGUAGCAGUGGAUGCAUACUUUGAGGUGCCAGAACGGGUUGCUGCGCUUGUGCUAGUUGCACCGGCGAUAUUUGCACCAAGGAAGGGGUUGAAAGAGAGCAGUUUAGGGGAACAAAAAGAGCAAAAGCAGAACGUUCCCAGUGACGAAAAUUCACCUCCAAAUCCGUUUGCUAGGAUUUGGGGAAGAUUUCUUGAGCUAUGUAAGAACAUUGCAGGGAUUGUUUUGAAGAUGAUAACAGCAAUACGAGAUGUGGUUCGAUCUUUGUAUGUUAAAGCUCUUGUUGCUGUUCUUCGGUCAUCGUUGGGCGUGAUGCUGGUAAGAUGGGCCAUGGAUAAAUUUGGUAUUCUCGGUGUCCGUAAUGCAUGGUAUGACCCAAGUAAAGUAACUGAUCAUGUCGUACAGGGGUACACAAAGCCGCUAAGAUCUAGGGGUUGGGAGAUGGCUCUCUUGGAGCACACCGUAUCCAUGAUCACAGAUUCUUCAAGAGUACCAGUCUCAAAGAGGCUUUCAGAGAUCUCAUGCCCAGUGCUCGUGGUGACUGGUGACACUGACCGCAUUGUUCCUGCUUGGAAUGCUGUGCGUGUAGCGCGCGCUAUACCUGGAGCAACGUUUGAGGUGAUCAAGAAUUGUGGUCACUUGCCCCAGGAGGAAAGACCUGAAGAGUUCCUGUCAGUCGUUGAGAGGUUCCUACGUACAGUGUUCGGAACUCCGAAUGAACAAGUGUUCCAAACAGCUGUAUGAUGAACUAUGUAUGAUCUGUACUUGCAAACACAGGCCGAAAGGAUGGAUCUAGAUUCACAGAGUGGAGAUAAGAAGAGAAAUUAUGGCGAACUCUUAUUGUGGGAAAUCAUUGCAUAGGAAGGGUUUUAGAAUAUCGGGAUUCUAUGUUGUAUCAACCUCCCAUUACUCUUAUGUAUAUAAUUGGAAACCUACAUUACAUCUCCCUUGAUUAAGCAAUCUUAUCGUUUAUCCUUUAA